CUAUGCCUACGGUAUUCUUGUUCGACUUCGAGUGAUGUUUACCUCUUGUCUCUUGACUUCAGAUUUCUUUAAAGUUAACUUCAUACAUAAUGCAGUGCUGAUUAUGAAAAUAUAAUGGAGAACAAGCCGAUUGUGACAUGUCAUGGAGAGCAGGAAUUGUUUUCAUCCAUCCAUGUAGAGUUGUCUCAGAGUCUCCCUAGAGAAGCAGUAGAAUGGAGGAGAUCAUAUGGGCGUGCCCCGAAGAUGAUUUAUGUGGACGUCAACUUUGUUCCGUACAACUCGGACCUCCUUCCAACCGAGAACGAUCGCAAGCUUUUGCAACUUCCUGUUUUCCAUACAUACUGGACGGAAUGCCCUGAUGCUGAUGCGUACAAAGUCUGCGUGAAGAACGAUAUCACCGCGUGGCAGCAGUCAUUGAAAGAGCGCAACGUCAGUGAUUGGCUGAUCGUGCUGGUAGAGACGUCCAACCCCAAGAGAGGAAACAAGCAGAAGUUCCUGCCUCGGACCUCGGUGUUGGACAAGAUCAGAAAUGACUUCUGCAGUAAACAAUCAGACAGGGUGAUAGUCCUCCAUGAGCCUAAUAACCCUGUCCCUACACCUCGAGCCCAGGACUCCUGGCAGCUCUUCAUGCAGCGACUACGCUACCUGGUCCUCCUGGCCUAUAACCGGGUCCUAGGCCGCUUUGAGGAGCUGAUCCGGGCUGAACGGGAGAACAGAAACGACAAGGGAUGGAAUUUCUGCCAGUAUUUCCUGCUACAGGAAGAGCUUGCUUUCAUGUUUGAGACUCUACGGCAGUUUGAAGAUGCACUGGUUCAAUAUGAUGAAUUAGAUGCUCUCUUCUCCCAAUUCAUUAUCAACUCAAGUGCUGGAGCAACCCCCAAGUGGCUCUCUGACUUCCAGGCGCCAUGCAACUGCUGGGACGGGCUCAACCUCUCCAAGCCCGUCAACAUGGACAAGAGGGAGUUGCUCGAGAGGGGCAAGCCGACACUCCUGGACGUCAGGAAUUAUCUCUUCUCGAGGCAGUCGGCUCUCCUGUUCCUGUUGAAGAAGCCGUACGAGGUGGCGUACAGGGCGCAGAACUUCAUGCAUAACUGUGUGCAGGAGCUGAAGAUACUAGAGGUGAGCAUGCCGCAGGGGAGCAUUGCAUGCUGGGUAUUUCUGAGCUGCCUUGAAGUACUGCAGAAGUGCGAGAAGAGCAGUGAUGCGGCACACAUCAACACAUAUUCACACUAUACGGCGAGCCUGUGGCUCUACGCACAAAAAAAGCUGAAUGAAUUAGGUCUGCUUGGUGGUCUAAUGCCCGACACCAGGCCAACCUCGGCACAACUCAACUCAGUGGUGGACCUGCUGUCCGGGAUGGGACAGACGGCAGAGGUCGGAGCCAGGGAGAACAGUCCAAACCAGAUGCUGAGGGAGGCUCUAAGCUCACAGGAUGCUUUCUCUAAACAUUAUCUGGAGUUGUCUGAAUUAGCGAUGGGGACCUUCAAGCACAUAGGAAGAAUGCGUUCUGCAAAGCUGAUUGGUAAAGACCUGGCUUCGUUCUACUUGAAAACUGGUGAACUUCACAAGGCCGAGAGUUUCUUGUCAGACGCCUUGAAGGCGUACGAGACAGAGAGAUGGGGAACGAUGGUAGCCUCUACCAGGAAAGAGUUGGCUGAAUGCUACAAGAAACUUGAUAACAAUCUCAAAUACCUGAAGCUAUGCUGUCAACUCGCCGCAGAUGAGUUUGUGGACAUUGAUAGAAUCAAGUAUUUUGAGGAGAUGAAGCGAGUUGCCGCAAUUGACGCUUUACAAUCUGAAGAGAAAGAAGAAGCAAAGCCUCUGUUUCCGUGGGAUUUCAUCUUUGUAUCUCCCAUCUUAUCACUGGACCCACCUGAUGGCUGCAUUGGCAAGGAGGAGGUCAUCAACAUCAAGGUCACCUUCACAUCCAAACUGCCUGCACCAAUCACAGUCCAGCAGAUCACCCUCCAACUGCAUGAUCAGCUCUCAUCGGCCAGUGGUGGUGGAGAGAGCCAGCCAAUCAGAUUAGAGAAGAGCCCUUCCCAGGACAGCCUGCAUAGGCAAAGGUCCCUAGAUGGGAGGGCUCAGGUCAAAGGUCACGAGAAAGGUGGUAUGAUGCCAGUCUUUGGGUCAGAUGUCAAGUAUGGAGAAGAAAGCAAAAAACAGGUUGAGACCAGCUCCUUGGUUUGUAGCAAUGCUAGUGUGAUCCUACAGAGGCAGGAUAGCUCUACGUCGCUCGUUAAGAACAAGGACGUGGUUACCAAGGAGACAUGUUCAACAACGCUGGUCCUCCAUGAUGUUGACCUACAGCCGGGCAAAAAUGAAGUGGAAUUUACGUUCCAGUCUGGAGAGAAUGGAACAUUUCAAGCACAGCAGCUGAUAUGUCAGAUCUUCAAUGCAGAAUUUAUUGCCAAUUUGGAGAAUUGCACGGAAAUAGAGAUCUUCAGCAAAGAGGCUCAGCUGACAAUUGCUUCACAGACUGAUCUGCUGUGCGGGGUCCCUCAAGAUAUCACCCUCCAUCUCACCACGGGCCACACCCCUAUCCCAGAAUGCACCACCCUGGCCGUGACCGCGCCCACUGGUCUCGCUAUCCUCCCAUCUAAGAAGGAGGAAUACGAGGUGGAGUCCACGGACGAGGGAGGGAAGGUUCGGUUCGUAGAGGGAGUCGGGAGUCACCGUGAGGUCGAGUUGAGAGUCGGGGUCAUGGCGGACAUGUGUAGACAGAAGGAUGGCAGUAAACAGAAUAUUCAGUUUUCCGUCGAAUGCCCGUGGUCAGAGACUGUGAUGACGACUCUAGAAUUCAACAACCCUUUCACAUUCCAACACCGAAUGUACACUGCUGGAGAGAGGAAGUUCAUACAGGUGACAGUUCAAAGUUCAUGUGAUUUGACCUUUGACCUCAGUGGUCAGUCAUUAGAGGUCACUGGUGACCGGACACUCACCCUCACCCCACCACACUCCAUCAAGAACAUUCUACUCCAGGCUCAGAGGGUAGUCUCCUAUGUGUGGGAGGCCAAGCCUGUCCCAGACACCCCUAGACCAGCAGGAUCGGUCGAGUUCCAGUUCUCAGUCAGCUACAGGUCCAUCGUCUCCUCUUCAACCACCGAUCAGGACAAGCGUCUCAAGUCAAGCUCCUAUGAUUUUGAAAUCAUUGAUUUUGAGACAUUGUUUAUGAUUACUUCCAUCAUCAAACCACCCAAGAGGGAGGAGCUAUGCAAAGCAGGAACUUUGUGCACCUUGGAUGUAGCCAUUAAGAUGCUGGACACACCCCCUCUCACUGAGACCACACCCACUCCCAGUGGAGACACGCCGACUCCUGCCAAACACAAACCAUGCACGUCUAGAUCGCUCAUGUAUGAGAUCGAUACUGAAGGGGGCAUGUGGGCCGUCUGUGGUCGUAGCACCGGGGUCAUCGCUAUGCCAACCAAUCGGUCUGGGGUCACAGAGGUCACACUGGAAGUUAUUCCACUAAUUGCUGGCUUUCUUCCGAUGCCCGACAUCCGACUGAGUCAGUACUUGAAGGGAGUGGAUCCAAAUGAAGGGAGUCAUCCUCUAGCAGAGAACACUGGUGAUCAAGUGAAGGGUAUUUCUAGCAAUACCAAGCCGACCAUCUUGCCAUUCAACGAGAGUCAGGUCUACUACUGCAGCAAAGCAGCUCAAGUACGGGUCCUACCGGAGUCCAACCUAAGCACGGUUGAAGUUGCAGUCUCCUAGCGGGUUCCGUGACAUCUACUCUGGAAACAAUCGCUCCAUUAUAGAUUCCGCUCACUAAUGGAACGACCAACUUCAACCCUUGAUUGAACACUAUUCCCCAACCCUACAUUAUAGACGAUUAUAGACGAAAUAAAGCCCAGAGCAG